GCGAAUAUUACCAUUUGUACUCAAAACUUUUUCCCGAAUCCCGCAUAAUCCAUUCCCGUGGAUCCAUCCGUACAAUAAUUUCAAAAUUCCAAGUCCUUCCCAGCAACUUUGCGUGGCGACAAACCCUCCGCCGCCGUGUCUACCGAUUAACCCCAAUAUGUCCGCUGCCGCCGAUCCGUCUUACCCUCCUCUUCCCUUCGACGCCGUCAACGCUCCUACGCCACCGCCGCCGGCAACCGAAACCCUUAAUAUUCCUCGGAUCGACUUUGCAAACCUUAAACCCAAACAGCUCGGCGACGCUUGCCGAUCACCGGGCAUCUUCCGGCUCGUGAACCACGGUCUGCCGUGCGAGCUCUCCGGCCGGAUUCAGGCCGAGACGCGCCGGAUUCUGGAGCUACCGUUCGAGCGAAAGCGAGCGGAGAUGUCCGAGCCGGGCGGCGGCGGGCCGGUGGUUUACUUCUGGGGUACACCCGCCGUGAGUUUGAGCCUACGGAGCGUUAAUUGGCUCGAGGGCCUUCACGUGCCGUUAGCCGGAAUCCGGUCCGGCGAGGGAGUGCUGGGGUGGUCCGCCUCUUUCCGGCCUCUAAUGGAAGAAUAUGGUAAACACAUGGAGCGCAUAGUAAGAACCCUAUUCAACUCACUGGCAACAGAUCUCAAAUUGGAUCAUGCACAUCUAGAUUCAUGCAUGGAUCCAUCAAACGGCAUUUUUCGAAUGUACCGUUACCUUUGCUUACCUCAAGCUCAGAGCUUUAUAGGAAUGGGAGCUCAUACAGAUAGCUCAGUCUUAACUGUAGUAGAUGAGGAUGAUGUUGGAGGGUUGCAGGUCUUUCAUGGCGAUGCAUGGUUCCACAUCAUGCCAGUUCCCAACUCACUCAUUGUCAACAUUGGUGAUAUGUUGCAGGUAAUCAGCAAUGAUGAGUAUAGAAGUGUGGAGCAUAGAGUGGUUGAUAAUGGAGCAAAGGAGAGGAUUUCUUUGUGCUUCUUUGUGUUCCCUAAAGAGGCUUUCAAGCUUAGGAGCUUUAGGUAUAGGGAGUUUACUUACAGUGAGUACAAGGCUCAGGUGCAGAAGGAUAUUAAGGAAACUGGAGACAAAGUUGGGUUGAAGAGAUUCAGGCUCUAGUGUGACUUUGUGGUGCAUGACUUGAGUAAUUAAAGAAAAGCUUGUAUUUAGCUUUACAUUGAAAUAGUCAUAUUUGUUUUGUUAUUGUGAGCCAUUAUGGUAUGAUUAUAAUAUAACAUAAUUAUAGUGGGUAAUAUACAUGUGCAGCACACAAUUCCUAUGUAUUUAUGUUAUCUCGCCCCUAAACUUUCAUGUUUACAUACGUAGCAUUUUAGUGCUUUGAAUCUAUGCAUGAAAAUGUGUAUUUCACUUUUAUAAAGUUAUUGUAGUACUUUUUUUGAUGUGAUAUUAAAGAUUUGGGUGCAAUGUGUGUAACUACUUGAGUUUCGGUGUGACACAUGUAGAUACGUAAGAAUUGUGUCCUAUGUAUGUAAAUGCCCCCAAUUAUAAUUGGUUGUGUUGCGAUAUUUUUAUGAAUCAAGAGGGUUUGAUAAUGUCUUUUUGUCAUAGUAUAAAGGAGGUCGUUAGAUGUAUUGUACGUGUG